AUGGCAGAUGAAAUCGCCCAGGCUCAGGUUGCCCAGCCUGGCAGCGACACCAUCUUUGGGAAGAUCAUCCGCAAGGAAAUCCCUGCCAAAUUAAUUUUUGAGGAUGACCAGUGUCUUGCUUUCCAUGACAUUUCCCCUCAAGCAACAACACAGUUUCUGGUGAUACCCAAGAGACAUAUAGCCCAGAUUUCUGCUACAGAAGAUGAUGAUGAAAAUCUUGGACAUUUAAUGAUUGUUGGCAAGACAUUUUCUGCUGUUUUGGGCCUGAGGAGGGGUUAUCAAAUGGUGGUGAUUGAAGGUGCAGAAGGUGGACAGUCGGUCUAUCACAUUCAUCUACAUGUUCUUGGAGGUCAGCAGAUGAACUGGCCUCCUGGCUAA